CCAAACACGAACAUCAUGUCCUCAAAUACAUAUGGACCCGUGGACGCCUUUCGAAGAGCAAAUUAUCCGCCAACGGCGAAACACCCGGCACCCACGAACGGACGAGACGGCGCCGACGAGAGCUUUGUGGCCGUCCGAAAACUGUUCAAAACCGUGCAGGAUCUACCGAGAUCAAGCUUUGGUGCCUCAUCGCCCUUUGACUCUUUUUGGGGCUACGACUCAUUCGCUUAGACUUGGGACCUGAAGGUGCUGAAAACACAAAAAUAUUGUGGGUGCGGACGAGCUGAACAACCUCUUAAUUGAACAAGAAGAGAAUUGGGGAGAGGAAUUUCGGUCGUUUGGAUGGAAUGGAGCGUAGGAAGAAUAUGGUCCUCAACAGUAGUGCAAAGAAGGCGAACCCGACCGCUGCUGAAAGAGACAAAGGCCAACCUAGUUUAAACGGGACAUGGACUGACGAGGGUAAAAGCUGGCGACGGGAAAGUGAUCGUGCUCGUGUUGAUGCAGGCGGACCGACCCCCAAUCACACUCGUUCGCAUGCGAACGGGUCCGCCAAUAAUGUCGCCGAGGCAGAUAUUACACGCGAAAGGGCAUCCUUACUGACAGAAAGGCAACGCCAGCUGGACCAGGUACUGGACAAACACGACGAUUUAGUUCGGGAGAAGUUCCACCUCGAAAAUUUCGUGACACUAUUAGGCUAUGACCCCUCAUCUGCGAAGCAGGAUGACUCGGUUGUGUUCCGGGAGUAUAAGGCGAAGUUCGACCUAGUGGAGCAAGUUGCUACCGAAGUGGGACCCUCUAGGAGUACUCGCAGCGCUCACAGUCAGCGCGUCAUGAACAUCACCUCUCAGACACAGUCCUCAGCCGGAUUAGAUAAGUAUCCGUCCUCACCGUCCGUAUCCUUUUCCGUUAGUGCACCGCCUACGAGGCCGUCCUUGAAAGCGAAGGGUAAACAGAAAAUGGUUGACAUGCCUGAAAGUAUAUCCAAUGCGAAGCUCGCACCACCGGUGUCCAAGCGGGGUGCCCAGGGGGAAACGAUGACAGUGACAACUCCCUCCCGGCCGGUAAAGGGAAGAGCACCCUCACCGAUAAUUCCUAGGCCUCCGCCCAAGACCCGCAGCCAACGGAUAUUACCGACGCCGAAACAGCCGACGAAAAGGACGAGCUUUAGCAUGUCGUCCCCUACGCUCUCUCCGGUUCCUCUGAAGAAACGCAAGUCCACGGCAGACAAAGAGGUAGUUUCUUCCCGUACGAGAGCAGGAGAAGAUGACGAUGCUUCCACUUCGACGCCACCUCUGAUCCCCCCGGUUUCUGCGUCUGACUUAGCGGUCGAUGGCGUCACUAAAGCAGCGCCGCUACAGAAGACAACACCUUCCGUAAAGCGCAUCCGUCUCAUUGUGCGUCGUCCCCCUCCCUCUUACACAAACCCAAGGCAGCGGCCACCACCACCGCGGUUUAAGUCAUCUCUAGAGUUGUUCUUGCGGUCAUACACUACACUGAAUGACCAAGACCAGACGGAAACGACUCUCCAGAUGAUGUCGAUGCAAGAAGCGGUUCUUCGCAACAAGAUUGAUAGACUGCAGAGGCUUGGACGGUUUUUCCCCUAUACCGAAUUCCCACCGUCUGCAUCUUUUGGUUCUGCUGGUGGAAGUAGUAGCAUCAGUGGGAGCAGUGGGAAUACCCUUAGCAAAUGCUCUUUACUCCCUCAAGAACCCCAGCGUCCCAAGGAUGCGUGGGACUGCGUAGUUGAUGCUGUCGUGCAACGCGGCCGGCACGGCCUAGUGAAAGGACGGCAAGUGGCUGCCCACAUUGCGAGUCGCAUCCAAGUGUAUUGGGAUCACCAUGCAUCUAGAGAGAAGGCCGCUAAGAUACAAGAAGAGAAGCGGCUGAGGACGCUCGCUAAGGCUACUAUCAAGAUGGUCACGAGCGAGUGGAAAAAAGCUGUUUUUUAUAUCCGUGAACAAGAGAGACUGCGUGCAGAAGCUGAGGAGAAGCGACGUGGACACGAACAUCUAGACGCAAUUCUGGACCAAUCCGGGCAGAUUCUGGAAACGCAGCAGUUCGCACUUGCAAAAGGUGAUAUGUCGAGAUCGCGGAGCAGGUCCAGUAGCGUCUCGAUGGAGGAUGGGUGGCAGUCGUCGAGUGAAGAAGAGUCAGUGGAAGAUGCGGAGAGCGCAGAGGAGUUUCGCGAGAUUGAUAUGGUGGAAGAUAUUGUAGAAGGCGGGGACGUGCAUGAUGCGGACGAGUCAGAUCUGGAGGAUGGCGAAGGCGAGUCGACACGGGCGUUACUUGGUUUUGGAACAGGUAACGGGGAAGAUUUUGAGGCUGCUGACACGCCCAUACAAGAGGAGGAUUCCUUGGACCAUGAGAGUAUGAAGACUGCAGAUGGGGCGGACAUCAUUCCACCUGAUGAAACGGAACAAAUGGAGUCGGUGCAUGAUGGUCGCCUUCCUCUGCUGGAAAGCGUGCACGGUAAUUCUACAUCGCCUGCGUCCAAUGCCAUGACUCUUGAUACAUCACUGGAUGAGCACUUCGCCAUCAGCUUCCCUAGCGAGGAUACAUCCCGACAAGCAAGUCCAGGCCCCUCUCUAUCCUCUGCAGUGGAUAAGAACACAACACCUGGUCAACCCUGGCUUAUGCCCGACGAUGAUACAGACAAAGAAAGAACUAUUCUUUCACCCCCGAACGGCCUACUGACUGGAGCGACAGCAAAGGAAGAUAGUCUGGAAGCCGUUGAAUACCAACCUUCGUCGAUGGAUGACAUGGCAAGCGGGCGGUCUGAGCAGACCCCUCGCGUACCCAAUUAUCUGAAACCUUUUGCCGUUGCACCCGUUGACUGGUCGCCAGACAGCAAAAUAAAACCUCCCCUCCUUCUGCGAGGGGUACUGCGACCAUAUCAGCAGUCAGGUCUUGAAUGGCUUGCAUCCCUGCAUUCCAACAAUCUAAACGGCAUUCUUGCUGAUGAAAUGGGACUUGGGAAAACCAUUCAGACUAUCGCGCUUCUCGCCCAUCUGGCUUGUGAUCGUGGCAUUUGGGGACCACAUCUUAUCAUUGUUCCGACCAGCGUACUUCUAAACUGGGAGAUGGAAUUCAAGAAAUUUCUACCGGGUUUUAGGACUCUCAGUUACCACGGGACGACGAAACGUCGAAAGGAGUUGCGCCAAGGAUGGUCUAAUAAACAUCACUUCAACGUGUGCAUCACUUCGUACGCGUUGGCGAGUCGGGAUGCGCACAUAUUCAAGCGCAAGAUGUGGUAUUAUAUGGUUCUUGACGAAGCACACAUGAUCAAGAACUUCAAGUCUCAGAGAUGGAACAUUCUUCUGAUGUUUCGUUCGUUUCGACGACUUCUUUUAACCGGGACCCCGCUUCAAAAUAAUUUGACGGAGCUUUGGGCGCUACUACAGUUUUUGAUGUCUGGAACCGAUUUCGCCAAUCUGAAGGAGUUCGGAGAGUGGUUUUCAAACCCCUUGGAACGUGCGAUCGAGAUGGGUGCGGUCCUCGACGAUGAGAAUCUUCAACGAGUAUCCAAAUUGCACACCGUGCUGCGUCCAUAUCUCCUCCGUCGCCUGAAAAGGGACGUCGAAAAGGAACUUCCGAGCAAAUACGAGCACCUUGUUCUUUGCCCUCUCUCGAAACGGCAGCGUUUUCUAUACGACGAAUUCAUGACCCGUGCCCAAACCCGUGAAGCCUUGCAGUCUGGUGUCUACCAGAAAAUUGCCAACAUCCUCAUGCAGCUGCGCAAAGUGUGUAAUCAUCCAGAUCUUUUCGAAGUUCGACCAGUCAUUACUUCGUUUGCAAUGCCUCGUUCUGCCGUUGCAGACUAUGAAAUUAAAGAGCUUCUUGUUCGGCGAAGGCUCCUACACGAGCACGACGAGGGGAAGGUUAAUCUUGACCUUUUCGGGCUCCGUUUUAUCAGUCAGCAAGACACCCCACUUAUUGCUGCCCUUGAAACUCGACGUCUUAACGCAACCGGCCCCCUACUCCUUGCUACGGAACAUAUCGGAGAGCCGUCACCAAAGGACUCACGUACUAUCCAAGGCUACCUUGCAUACCGUGCCCACUACUUGCGGGCACAAUCGGCGGCACGUCGAGCCCAGAUCGGCUAUGUCAAUGCAUUGCGCUGUUCACGUACACCCAUCUAUAGUCACGAAAUGCUCAACAUUGUGCGGCGAUGUCGACGGUCCAUUCUACCGCUAUCCUACCUUGAUCUAAAGACGUCCUAUUUGGACACGGUGACAACGUCAAACGCAAUGGUAAUGUCUUACGAGCAACGUGCUCAGGACCUUGCGGGUGUGGUCGCAAAAUUUGCAUUCGUGCCGCCUCCUGUAGUAGCGAUGGAUAUGCCCCGCUUUGCGCUUGCCAGUUGUCAAGAUGCGCUUGCAUCGUGUUCCCUCGAAUUCGACCGCGUACUUCACCUGGCCAGUGUUAAGCUGCAGAUCGCAUUUCCCGACCCGUCGCUUCUUCAAUAUGACUGUGGUAAACUUCAAGAACUUAGCCGUCUACUUCGUCAGAAGAAAGCGGGGGGACACCGUGUCUUGAUUUUUACCCAAAUGACGCGGAUUCUGGAUAUUCUAGAAAUAUUUCUCAACUUUCAUGGAUACCUGUAUCUGCGCUUAGAUGGCGCAACCAAGAUUGAAGACAGACAGUAUAUCACAGAGCGUUUUAACGCAGAUGCGAGGGUGUUCUGUUUUAUCUCCUCUUCCCGUUCAGGUGGAGUUGGCAUCAACCUUACAGGAGCAGAUACCGUUAUCUUUUAUGAUAGCGACUUCAAUCCUCAGAUGGACAGGCAAUGUGAAGAUCGAGCCCACCGCAUUGGCCAAAUUCGUGAUGUCCAUAUCUACCGGUUUAUAUCUUCGCACACGGUGGAAGAGGCGAUGCUCAUGAAAGCCAACCAAAAGCGUUCUCUAGACGAGAUUGUCAUCCAGAAAGGAGAAUUUGACUGGCGUACAAUGUUUGAGGACGACGCCGAGCUAACGAAGGCUCUCGGGGAAUUUGAGGAUACGGAGGACGCCCAUGCAGCAGCCGUCGCGGCAAGAGAAGAAGACGUACUAGAGGGUGCUGACAAAGCAGACUUUGGUGCAGAGGGCGACGUUGAUGUGCCCGAAACCCGACAAAGUAAAGAGCCGGAGUUCGUUGAGCAGACCGACGACGUUAAUGAUGAUCACGGAGGGGGUGGGACGGUUUCGGAUUACAUGGUCGGUUUUGUUCGCUCGGAUUACGAGUUUUUCAGGGAUUGGCGCCUGUAGUCUAGUACCCCCAAUACUGUAUCCAACUUCACUUCUGUAUCGAUUGCUCAGUUUGUUUA